AUGCAGCAGAUGUUCUCGACACUGCUGAUUCACGACUGCGGUACCGCCGACGGGUAUCUGAUCACCAUUACUCUCAAAGCCUCGCCCUCGUUCCCUGGUGGCAUCUGGUAUAAGGAAGACUGGCAUGAACCAGUUCCUGCCACAAGUGCACCGAAGGAUAUCUCCAACCUUGACGGGACCCUCGAGCUCAGGCUAGUCAGGCGCAUCUCAGAGGGCCGCAUUGGCGUAACUUACGUGGCAGAAAUCGUCUCUGCAACGCGCAAAUGCACUGACGUCCGCUCAACUCUACCGCCCACUCUCUGCCUCAAAUUCGCAAAGCCCGAAUUCAGUCGUAGCCUGGCGCGAGAGGCUUGGUUCUACGAACAACUGGAUUCGCUUCAGGGCAUCUCCGUACCCAUUUCCUUCGGUUUCUUCGCAUCCACUGCAGCGGAGCAGCGCCACUUUCCCGAUGUCGAGUUCGAGCCCUGGAGGAAUCGAAAGGUUUUGUUCAAGGACACAGACAAGAUCCCACAUGACAUCGAUCGAUAUGCAUCUCCGGACUGGUUACCCGACGAUGUGCCCGAAUAUUACAAGCGAGAGAGAUUCGAGGACCCUCCCAGCAAAUGUAAUUCACCUUGGUACAAGUGGAGUCGCCUUGACGACAAUCCAACUAUCUCUGUACUUGUGCUCGAGCUACUCGGGGAAGCCUGCACCGGGAUAAAGACCGCUGCCGACAAACAGGCGAUCCAGGAUGUAAUGGAUGAUUUGGCUGAAGUCGGGGUGAUGCAUGGCAACCUCACUCCUUGGAACACGCUCGCAUUCAAGCCUCAACCUCACAAAGAAGCACGACGAUGCCCUCGACACAAUGUAGUCCAUCCCUGGAGAGUCAUCGACUUUGACCGUUCGAGGAUGGCAGAUCCCAAGAACCUGUGCUUUCUUGGCAAGCGUCACAUUACCGACACCGACGACAUUAUGGAUGAUGCAGCAGUGUACUUUGAACUUUGGGACUGA